GUGAAAUCUUGAAUAAUGGACCCAAUAACCGUAACCUCGAGGCAGAUCAUGACUGCCGAUAACGUGUGUCUUCCUCAGGAAAAGGGAUCUAAUCCUCCUCCCAUGAUUUAAGUUUCCUGUUGAGAGCAAACUCUUUACACGAAGGAUAGGACACUCUGCGCACGACAAACUAAAUUGGACUUUGAGCAAAAGAUCAGCAACAAAAUGCCUGCAAAAUUUGAGGAUGAAUAUCAACCUCUCCUUAUUAAAGAACCGAAAGCUAAACUACCUAAGCUUCCCAACAAAUCCCUUCUGCUGGCUGCCUGUGCUGCGUGUAUAGGGGGAACCUUUCAGUAUGGAUAUAAUGUAUCGGUCAUCAAUGCUCCCACUCAGUAUGUGCACAAUUUCAUCAACCAAACCUGGAGGGAGCGCUACCAAACUAACAUCUCAGUCGAUGCGCUCACCCUCCUCUGGUCCACUAUUGUGUCCAUAUUCACCUUAGGAGGACUUGUGGGAGUGACAGUCGGUGGGACAUUGUCUGUGAAGCUUGGGAGGAAGGGGACUCUGUUGGCCAAUAAUAUAUUUGCAUUAAUGGCUGCUCUGCUGAUGGGUCUGAGUUACCCCACUGGACUUUUUGAAUUAAUUGUCGUGGGACGUUUUUUCACUGGAGUGAAUGCAGGCAUUGGCCUUUGUGUUCAACCGCUGUAUUUGGGAGAAAUAGCUCCAACUGCCUUUCGUGGUGCCAUGGGAAUGGGAACUUCUAUUUCCAUAACUGUUGGCAUCUUAUCUGGACAAGUGAUCGGCCUGAAAGAGAUCCUGGGGAAAGAAGAGUACUGGCCCAUCCUGCUCUCCACCACGUGUAUCCCGGCCUUCCUGCAGCUUCUCAGCCUGCCGUGGUUCCCAGAGAGCCCGCGCUACCUGCUCAUUGACAAACGGGAUGAUAAGGGGUGUAACACAGCCCUGAAGCAACUGCACGGUUUAUCUGGCUGCGAUGGGGAACGGGACGAUAUUGAGAAGGAGAGGACUAAUUUAGUGGAUUUCCAAGCCAAGAAACCCUGGGAGCUCUUCAAUGAUCGUAGUGUCCGCUGGCAGCUCCUCACCAUCAUGCUGCUCAAUGCUGCACAGCAGCUGAACGGUAUCAAUGCUAUUUACUUCUACGCAGAAUACUUGUUUACGCAAUCGGGUAUUCCUGCUGAUAAAAUACCAUACGUGACCAUUGGCACUGGUGCCUGUGAAUGCGUCACGGCUUUAACGUGUGGUUUACUCAUUGACCGUCUCGGGAGGAAAGUGCUCAUCACGGGAGGAUACGCAUUGAUGAGUAUUUGCUGCAUUUUAUUCACGCUGACGCUCUCUUUUCAAGAUGCUAGUCCAGUGGUACCAUACUUGAGCAUGGCGUGUUUAUUUGCUUUCAUCCUGAGUUUUGGAUUAGGACCUGGUGGCGUGACGAACAUUUUGACCACUGAGCUGUUCACACAAACGGCACGCCCGGCCGCUUACAUGAUCGCUGGAUCAUUGAACUGGUUGAGCUUCUUUUUCAUCGGCCUGGUUUUCCCUUUUGUUGUGAUGGGGCUGCAGCAGUACUGUUUCCUGGUGUUCUUGGCGGUCUGCUCCUUAACAGCAACGUACAUUUUCUUUGUCAUUCCUGAAACCAAGAACAGAACCUUCGUCGAAAUCCAGAAUGACUUCAAGUCGUUGAGGCACAGAAAGGCCCACAAAGCUGACGGAGCAGGGCCGACACUGAUAUUAACUUCUGCAUGAAAUAUUACCAGUGACCCAGGGGUGAAGCAAGAAAUGCUUUUCUUACGCCUCACGCUAUUGAUGUCACGAAGAUGAGUAACUGCCAGGAGGAUUCACACACACUCACACACACAACACAGUAGAUAGAUGUUUUUUGAUGGUACUGUAAAUUAUAGUAACUUAUUUCAUAGUUGAACUGGGAAGUCAUUAUUAUAUGUCUUUAAUUAACUUAUCAAUAUAAGUUAAAGUCAUCCUCAUAUUUUUGGUAAUUUGCUUUGUAUUACUUUCA